AUGUCCCAGGAUGUCUUCUGGUCUCAAUGCCCACUCUUCCACAACCUUUACAGUAACAACUACUUUGGAAAUGGUGCUUUUGAUAAUGUUGAAGAGGACCUGGCUGCGUACGUUCGGUUCACCCACAACGCCGAAGAGAGAAGCACCAUCCUGAUUGAAGGCUUUGUGGAGAAGAUUUCAGCCGUCUUGGGAAUUGCCACCGAAUCCAUCACGCUCAGGAAUUCUCUCUUCGCGUACGGUUUAGAUUCCAUUGUUGCUUUGGAGCCCCUUAGCUAUGAUAUUCAGGUCGGCGCAGGCACUGUAGAUGGCUUUGAGUAUAUGAAUUAUGCAAAGGCUGGUCCUCCCGGUGGUGUGUAG